AUGUGUGGGCAUGGCAUGUCUGUGGCAAAUAGGAGGUGGCAGGCGUACCCACCCGCUAAUGAUGAAGAAAUUUGUGUAGUUGAAAGAAAAGUGAAGCGCGCUGCUGGGUAUUGCGUCAUCAACCGCGGUGAUUCGUUUCGACGUCGUCGCUCGCGUAGCAACAGUUUGGCGCCCAUAAGUCCAAUCCAUCCGCGUUCCGGCGCUGGUGGUGUUGGCAUUAGCGGCAGUGUUGGUGGCGGCAUUAAUGGCGAUUAUUUGAGUGCACAGGAGGAACCACAACAACAGCAGCCAGUCGAGGUGUUUCGUGUCGAUAUGCUCGGUGCGCCUGGUGUGGGUAAACAAGCGUUAAUACAGCAAUUCCGGACGUCCGACUGCAUUAAUGCGUACGAUGGACCAGAAUGUGACGUGGCGGAGCAGAAUAUUUCAAUAAUUCUAAAUGGCAUCGAAUCGGAAUUGAAAUUCUCGACGGGCCAGCAGGAUAACAAGGAGGAACUGGAAAAGGCUGAUGCUUUUCUUGUGAUCUACUCUUGCAUUGACAAGGAGUCAUUCACACGCGCCAAACAUAUUCUCUCACGACUGCAGGACAUGGAUUUGACACGUACUCGUCCGAUUAUUUUGGUGGCGAAUAAAAUUGAUUUAGCACGCUCGCGUGCGGUCUCCUCGCAAGAUGGCAAAUGUGUCGCUUGCACUUUUGGCGCGAAAUUCAUUGAAGUCUCGGCUGGCAUCAAUCACAAUUGCGACGACUUACUGGCUGGCACUUUGACACAAAUUCGUCUCAAAAAGGAUCAAAAUUUACUGCAAGGCAAUCGAGAUGGCGCCUCCUCGCCAGCGCAUUGGUAUAAGAGUCGUAGCGUUGUGUUGGCCAGCAUGAAAGCACGCCAAAUGCUCACCUGGAUACUGGGUAAAGAGGAUUCGAAAUUUAAACAUUGCGAGAAUUUGCAAGUACUCUAAAGAGUAGCAGCACGAAUGGUAUGCGGAGAAAUAAAUAUUAUCGGAUUGGCAGAGAAAUGUAAUUAAGCCGUAUGUAUUUACUUAGCUAUGCAUCUACAUGUGUAUAAUGAAAAUAAGCGAAACGAAGUAGUAUGUGGGUGUAGAUAAAAGAUUUCGUAAUAAUAUAGGUAUCUAACGUAUAUGUAAUAUACCAUUUAACUACUUUAAUUAUAUACAUAUGUACAUAUGUGUGUAUGUAUGUGUAUUUCUAUAUUGGGUUAAGUGUAUUAAGUACUAAAACUUACUUGAAAGUCUCUAGGUUAGGUGUGACAUGAAUCAAUAUUCUUAUACCGAUUGUAGGUAGAUUACCCUUAGAUAUAGUUAUGUAGAUAUGUUGUAUAUAAUUGUAAAAAAAAAAAUCUAUCUGAAAAUGUCAUAGUUUAACAGCAAUGUAAUAAUAGCACUGUAUAUUAUGUAUACUUUAGCGGCUGCUUAAGUGCUGUUAAGCUAUUGUAUCUACAUACCUAUGUAUAUCCGUGGUGAUACAUUUUUUUUAAUAAAAUCAAAACCUUAAGAAUAAAACCAAAUGCCCUUU